AUAAUCAUGGCAACUGACCUCGAGUACAGUCGCGCGAUGCUAGAAGCACUGGCAACAACCAGCAGUGACGACCUUCGCCAAGCUCUCCAGGACUUGGCUUUAGUACGAGGUGACCUCAAGCAGCUUGCAUUCGGCGAUAGUAUGGACCUCGCGUGUCGACUGGCCAUGGUGCUCGGAACCCUCUGCGUUGACAACACCGACGCCAGUGUUCGCCUCAUUGAUGUCGCUCGAUCUCUAUUGAUGUCGCUUUUGGAGCACUCAAACGGCGUGUUGGCGCGGUCGGUACCAGAGGUCUUCGAGCGAUUGCUUGACGCAUUGGCGGUCACCACGACAUCCCAACAGUCAGUCUCCGCCCACAUGCACAUGAUUCUGUUUACAACGUUGAGCGUGGCGUUGGAAUGCGUCGGCUUGCCAAAGACAGACCCCUUAUGGCACCGCCUUGACCCUGUUCUCGAUCCCAUAUUCGCUUCCAUUGCCACCAAACCCAAUUCUUCCAACUUGAGUCCUUCUACAGCGCCUUGGCGUGGCCUACUCGACGACAGCCAUGACGUGACAGCCGUUCGCGACAUCCAGACUUUCCUAUCCUCGGCGGUAUCUGCGACCCAAACUCCGCUGCAGACACAACUCUACUCGCUUGGACACUGGGCCGCCCUCUUCACUGGCGUGUGUCUCUGCCUUACAUCUAUCUUCCUUGGUACUCUCGGCACCGCUGCCCUGAACGUUGUCCUCGGCGUCGGCACCUCCAUGAUCGUCUACUGCGUCCACACGCUGCAUUCCUCGUGGAACCAGUCUCGUCGUCGGCAGUCUCUACUGCGAGUCGCGCUCCGCCGCUGCGAAUUGCCGUAUACUGGUCCGGAAUGGUGCCAUCUGCCACCGAAGCCCAAGUCGGCGCCGUCCUCCGCGAACCAGCCGCCGACCUCUGGACCCUCUCGCCGCCUUGCAACCAUCGACGAGUAUGCAGAUGAUGAUCCCGUCGAGCGCAAGCUGAAGGACCUUUCUUCGUUGCCUCCUGUGGACGCUUCGCUCUUGGCUAGCCUCAACCCGUCGGAAAUGCUUGACGCGCUGCAGCGAUUGCAAGCGCUUCUCGCCACUGCCGACGUGAGCCCCGAGACGAGGGCAAAGGUGGAACGAGGCUUGCAAGUGUUGGAGCAUAUCCAACGACAGACACCCGAGUCCCCCUUGGACUAGUAAUAGCCCCUCUUGUUGAUAUAGUCACGAUAUAGAUUUGGAUACAAUAACCUGUGAGAAAUAGAGUCCAUACAGUAUGUGGAACUGUCCUUGGC